AAAAGAAAAAUAGAUGGCGCUGCCAGUUUUACUCUUAAAAUCUUGAAGAGAUAUUGUGCACUAAAAGUUCAACAAUAAAUGAAUUUUCUUUAUGUUUUAGGUAUUGAUUGCUGUUUAGAUAUUAAUUAGUGGUUUACACUGUUUACAGUUGCCUUGUAAGAAAAUAUGGUGCGAAGUAGCGACAAAGAUAGACAUCAUCGACGAAGGUCGAGAUCGAGAUCUAGAUCACGGUCAGGCGAACCUGAAAAGAAACGACGACGGUCCAGGAGCAGAGAUCGGGAGAGGGACAGAGACAAGGGCCGACAUAGGGAAAGGAGGAGUCGUUCGAGAGACAGAGAUAGAGACAGAAGUGAUAGAAGGGAACGUUCCGAGAGAGACAGGGAUCGCGAGAGAAAACGUGGAGACAGUAAAGAAAAGCGUCUUACAGGCUCAAAGUCUUCGCGAUCUGGCAAAGAACGAUCAAACAGGUCUCGGUCUCGUGACAGAAAAGAUAAAGAGAAGGGCGACAAUGAAGAGUUGCCUUUUGAUCAUACAAAGUUGGACAAGGAGGAAGAACAGAAAAGGUUAGAGUUGGAGAUGCAAAAGAGGAGGGAAAGGAUAGAAAGAUGGCGUGCAGAAAGGAAGAAAAAAGAACUGGAAGCAACAAAAAAAGACGGUAAGACAUCUAUUUUGGCAAAUCUUCAGCUACCGAUGAAAAAGUGGUCCCUUGAGGAUGAUAGUGACGAAGAGACUCCUGUGGUACAGAAUAACAACAAGGAGGCAAAAGAAGAAGGUGUAAAGGAAGAGGUUGAUGAGGUAAAAGAAGAAGUAAAGAAAGAUGAAGAAGAAGAGAUCGAUCCGCUUGACGCUUUUAUGGCUGAGGUGCAAGAAGAAGUGAGGAAAGUGAAUAAACUCGACAGCAAAGCUCCGAAAAAUAACAGCACAAAUUCUGGAACGCAAAGUGGUGGUGUAGUCAUUGUAACUGGUGUGGCCAAGAAGAAAGUUCAGAAACAAAAGGGUGAAUUAAUUGAGCAGAAUCAAGAUGGAUUGGAAUAUUCAAGCGAAGAAGAAGGUGAAAAUCUUCACGAGACCGCAGCCGGCAUAGCAAAUAAACAAAAACGAGAAUUAGCCAAAGUCGAUCAUGCUACAACAGAUUAUCAACCAUUUCGAAAAUCUUUCUAUGUUGAAGUUCCUGAAAUUGCAAAAAUGACACCAGAAGAAGUAGAAGCGUACAAGGAAGAAUUAGAAGGUAUUCGUGUAAAGGGUAAAGGUUGCCCGAAGCCUAUCAAGUCUUGGGCGCAAUGCGGCGUGACCAAAAAAGAAUUAGAGGUGUUAAAGAAACUCGGUUACGAGAAACCGACGCCUAUUCAGUGUCAGGCAAUCCCAGCGAUCAUGUCGGGUCGCGAUCUGAUUGGUAUCGCUAAAACCGGUAGCGGUAAAACGCUUGCAUUUUUGCUACCAAUGUUCCGUCAUAUACUCGAUCAGCCGCCAUUGGCCGAUGGCGACGGGCCGAUCGCGAUGAUCAUGACACCAACUAGAGAAUUGUGCAUGCAAAUCGGUCGGGACUCGAAGAAAUUCACCAAGUCGCUAGGUCUUUCGCAUGUGUGCGUUUAUGGUGGGACUGGUAUUUCCGAACAAAUAGCAGAACUCAAAAGAGGAGCCGAAAUUAUUGUUUGUACGCCAGGUAGGAUGAUCGACAUGCUUGCCGCCAACAGCGGACGAGUGACCAAUUUACGUCGAGUAACAUAUGUGGUACUUGACGAAGCCGACCGAAUGUUCGACAUGGGUUUUGAACCUCAAGUGAUGCGCAUCAUGGAGAAUGUAAGACCAGAUAGACAGACUGUGUUGUUUAGUGCGACAUUUCCAAGGCAGAUGGAAGCUUUAGCCAGAAGGAUACUCACGAAACCGGUCGAGGUACAAGUUGGAGGACGUUCUGUCGUCUGUAAGGAUGUCGAACAACAUGUGGUCGUACUUGAAGAAGAUCAGAAGUUCUACAAAUUACUCGAGAUCCUCGGACAUUAUCAAGAUAAAGGAUCCGCCAUUGUGUUUGUGGAUAAACAGGAGAACGCAGAUACGUUGCUGAAAGAUCUUAUGAAAGCAUCAUAUUCCUGCAUGUCGCUUCAUGGCGGUAUAGAUCAGUGCGACAGAGACUCGACCAUAUUGGACUUCAAAGCUGGAAGAACAAAACUGCUGGUAGCUACGUCAGUUGCUGCAAGAGGUUUGGAUGUCAAGCAUUUGGUAUUAGUCGUCAAUUACGACUGUCCGAAUCAUUAUGAAGAUUACGUACACAGAUGUGGCAGAACUGGUCGAGCUGGAAAUAAAGGAUAUGCGUAUACCUUUAUUACGUCCGAGCAGGAACGUUAUGCCGGCGAUAUUCUGCGUGCGCAUGAGUUGGCAGGCGUACCGGUUCCGGAACCCUUACGUCAGUUAUGGGAGGGAUAUAAAGCCCGUCAAGCUGCGGACGGAAAGAAAGUACAUACGGGUGGUGGUUUCAGCGGUAAGGGAUUUAAAUUCGAUGAAUCAGAAGCUGCUUUGGCAAACGAGAAAAAGAAGUUCCAGAAAGCAGCUUUAGGAUUGCAAGACUCCGACGAUGAAGACAUCGAAAACGAUAUCGAUCAACAGAUCGAAAGCAUGUUGGCGCCUAAACGAACAGUUCGCGAGAUAGCUAGACCGACUGCGACCAGCAUUACGGUGCCAGGUCAGCCAGUUCCUAGUGCCACUGAUAAAUUGGAAUUAGCCAGAAGAUUGGCAUCGAAAAUAAAUAUAGCGAAGAAUCUCGGCGCCGAGGCAAAGGGCGCUACUCAGCAAGCAGCGGAAGCCAUACUCAAGGGUGCAGGACCUACAAAUCUUAUUACGGCAAAGACGGUAGCGGAACAAUUAGCAGCAAAGUUGAAUACUAAAUUAAAUUAUCAGCCGCGUGAAGAAGAUCUCGUAGAAACUGAUGUGGAAACGGGCGAACAAACAUUCCGCAAGUAUGAAGAAGAGCUUGAAAUCAAUGAUUUCCCGCAGCAAGCAAGAUGGCGUGUCACAAGCAAGGAGGCUCUUGCUCAGAUUUCGGAAUAUUCUGAAGCGGGUUUGACGGUAAGAGGAACAUAUAUCGCGCCAGGAAAAACUCCGCCAGAAGGAGAGAGAAAAUUAUACUUAGCAAUAGAAUCGACAAGUGAAUUAGCGGUGAGCAAAGCCAAAGCGGAGGUGUCGCGGCUCAUUAAGGAAGAACUCAUCAAGUUACAAGCAUCUGGCGCUCACACCGCUUCGCGCGGUCGGUACAAGGUUUUAUAAACAGUUUCGUGACAUUUAUACAUAUAUACAUGUAUACAUGCACCUUGACAUACAAAUUGUGGAAUUUAUAUGCUUCACAUACACAUGUGAAAAAUAUUAGAAAUUUAUUAAUAUAUAAUAAAUAACAAUGUGAGACA